CAUGGAGGAGCUCGAGCACACUUGCCCCCAUCCCCGGACGACUCUGACUAAGCCCGCCAUCUUUGCCAGGGAGAGCAGUUGUGACUGCCGCGCCCCUCAUGAGAAGCUCACCAUCGCUCAGGCCCGCAGAGGCACCCCAGUGGACCGGCCGGUCAGAGUCUACGCAGAUGGCAUCUUUGACCUUUUCCACUCUGGACACGCUCGUGCUCUCAUGCAGGCCAAGAACCUCUUUCCCAACACCUACCUUAUAGUAGGAGUGUGCAGUGAUGAGCUGACACAUAAGUACAAGGGUUUCACAGUCAUGACGGAGAUUGAACGUUACGAAGCAUUGAGACACUGCCGCUAUGUCGACGAGGUUUUGAGAGACGCACCCUGGACUCUGACACCAGAGUUCCUAGAGAAACACAAGAUCGAUUUCGUGGCUCACGAUGACAUCCCCUACUCCUCAGCAGGAAGUGAGGAUGUAUAUAAACACAUCAAGGAGGCAGGGAUGUUUGUGCCUACGCAACGGACAGAAGGAAUCUCAACAUCCGACUUGAUUACCAGGAUUGUCAGAGACUAUGAUGUCUACGCACGACGCAACCUCCAACGUGGCUACACGGCCAAGGAGCUUAACGUCAGCUACAUCAACGAGAAGAAGUACCGGCUGCAGAACCAAGUGGAUCGAAUGAAGGAGAAGGUUCGCACAGUCGAGGAGAAGAGCAAACAUUUUGUUUACCGUGUGGAGGAGAAGAGCCACGACCUCAUUCAGAAGUGGGAGGAGAAAUCCAGAGAGUUUAUUGGCAACUUCCUAGAACUGUUCGGACCUGAUGGGACUUGGAAACAGGUGUUUCAAGAACGCAGCGGACGAAUGCUGUCCUACGCUCUGUCACCCCGAGGGUCGCCCUGCAACAGUCCUCCCCGAGAACUCCCCCUGCGCUCCCCCUCACCCCCGUCUCCCCCCGCCCGCUGGCACAAUGCACGGCCCUCGCCCCCGACCUCCCCCAAAGGAGCGUCUGCCUCUAUAAGCAGCAUGAGUGAAGGUGAUGAAGAUGAGAAGUAA